AUGAACGGGGAGGCGAAAGCAGAACCAGAGACUUUCCGGCAGUUUUUGUACAAUAAGCAAAAGGGAACCGUCUUGGGAAGAACUGGAACAUCCUGGUGCCAAAUCACAGUAUUCUACAUCAUCUUCUACAUCUUCCUCUCUGCUUUCUUCAUCGGAUGCCUCGCCAUCUUCUUGAAAACGUUAGACCCAAAAGUGCCGCGUUUCUAUGGAAAGGGAACAAUCAUCGGAGUGAAUCCAGGAGUUGGAUAUCAACCAUGGCUUAAGGAAAAUCCUGAUUCUACACUCAUCAAAUUCAACUUGCAAGACUCUAAAUCCUGGGAACCAUAUGUGAAACAACUCGACGGAUAUUUCUCCCGCUAUAACAACACCAAUGACACCCGUGAAUGUGGAGCUGAAGACAGCAACGAGGCUCUUCAAACGGAUCCAGACAGUUUGCCAUGCCGUUUCGACCUAGGGCUCUUCGAGAAGGCUAACUGCGGAGCAAAGGACCAAUAUGGAUUCAAGAGCGGAAAGCCAUGCGUUGUCGUUUCUCUCAACAGACUCAUCGGAUGGCGUCCAGUUGACUACGACGGAAAUAGUGUCCCAGAAGAGAUCAAGUCUAGAUACAAGUCGGGAUCCAUUACCAUCAACUGUGAAGGAGCGACACCGUUCGACAAGGAACAUCUCGGAAAAGUGAAGUACAUCCCAGAGGCCGGAAUUGACGGACGUUAUUACCCAUAUGUCUUCCUUCCAUCCUACCAACAACCAAUCGCCAUGGUCAAGUUCGACACCAUCCCACGCAACAAAUUGGUCAUCGUCGAGUGCCGUGCCUACGCUUCCAACAUCGAACACGACGUCUCCACUCGCAUCGGAAUGGUAUACUUUGAGUUGUUCGUCGAGGACAAGAAACCGGUCGCCGCGCCAGCUGCUUAA